ACGUCAGCUCUGCACCUCUUCUUUUUAAUAGUAGAAAACCCCAGUGGCGUAACACCUCCUCGCCUGUGGGUGGCGCCAGAUAAAAGGGAAACACUAUAGAGUUUGAGGGGGAAACAGGGGAAGAAAACAGCAUAGGGGGAAAGUGGAAGCGAUUUUUGUGAUGUGUUGUUAAAUUUCCAUUGCCAAGAUGUCGGGCCACGAUCAGCUGGCUCACUAUCUGUGUGAGUUAACAAGUUUACUGUGGAAGUUGUUGCUGCCCCUGCUGUUCCUCUGUGUUCUGCUCGUUGCUGUCCUGGUCCUGCUGGUGCUGGCAGUGCGUUUCUGGCUGCAGAGCAACAGGACUGUGCGGCGAGCAAGGGACGGACGUCCCACUGUGGCCUUCUUUCACCCUUACUGUAAUGCUGGGGGAGGAGGAGAGAGGGUGCUUUGGUGUGCUAUCAGAGCGCUGCAGAACAGGUACGCAGAUAUCAAUUUUGUGGUGUACACAGGGGACCUGGGGGUGACAGGCCAGCAGAUUCUGGAGGGAGCGCGACGUCGCUUCAACAUCGUGCUCCCCCGCCCGGUUCAGUUUGUGUUCCUGAGGCACCGGCUGCUCGUGGAGCCCGGACUGUUUCCUCACUUCACCCUGCUGGGACAGAGCGUGGGAUCUGUCUUCCUGGGGUGGGAGGCACUGACAGAGUUUGUCCCAGACAUUUACAUCGACUCCAUGGGUUAUGCCUUUACUCUGCCUCUGUUCCGCUACCUGGGAGGCUGCAGCGUGGCUAGCUAUGUUCACUACCCCACUAUCAGCACUGACAUGCUCUCUGUCAUCAGAGAGAGAAACCCCAGGUUCAACAACCCAGACUACAUCUCCAACAGCCUCUUCCUCAGUGCCUUUAAGGUGGUCUACUACUGUCUCUUCGCCCUGCUCUACGGCAUGGCCGGCUCCUGCAGUGACCUGAUCAUGGUCAACUCCUCCUGGACCCUCGAUCAUAUCCUAUCACUUUGGCGCUCCCCCAACCGCACCUGUGUGGUCUACCCGCCCUGUGACGUCAGCGCUUUCACAGACAUCCUGCUCGAAGAGGACGGGGACAGGAAGUGCCACUCCAUCAUUUCUGUUGGGCAGUUCAGGCCAGAGAAAGACCACCGGCUGCAGAUUCGAGCCUUUAAAAAGGUGCUCGAUAGGAGGAGGGAGGGGUUAGGGGGAAGAGAAGCACUGAAGUUGGUUCUGAUUGGUGGAUGCAGGAACCAGGAAGAUGAAGACAGAGUGCUCAUGUUGAGGGGGCUGUGCCAGGAGCUGGGCGUGGCUGACAGGGUAGAGUUUAAGCUGAAUGUACCCUUUGAGGAGCUGAAGAGAGAGAUGGGGGAAGCUACAAUUGGACUUCAUACCAUGUGGAAUGAACACUUUGGAAUAGGUGUCGUCGAGUGUAUGGCAGCAGGGAAGGUGAUUCUGGCUCACAAGUCUGGCGGCCCCAAGUUGGACAUUGUUGUACCUUUUGAGGGGGGUCAGACUGGCUUUCUUGCUGAUGACGAGGACGGCUAUGCAGAAGCCAUCCAAAGGAUUCUGGCUAUGCCGCCAACCAGCCGCCUGCAGAUCAGGCGCAACGCGCGUCAGUCUGUGGCUCGCUUCUCAGAUCAAGAGUUUGAAGCCUGCUUUCUAGCCGCUAUUGAGCCACUCAUAGGAACGCUCGAGCGAUGAGAGGAGGAAUUAUUCUACAUGUGUGUUUGUGCACGUGUUGUGAUGUUUGAUACUCGCAGCACCUUUCCUCUGAUGCACUUAGGGCUGCAGAUCAGCCAUGUGCUCACGCAGAGAGCUGUGGAUAAAAGACUCCCAAAUACAGGUAGUCAAAGGUUAGUUCCAGGAUUUCUCCUAAAAGUAGAAAUGAGAGAGAAUAAAGUCUGAAUCAGAACAACUGAAGGCUCUAAUUUUGGGUGAAAAGCCCACAAAACAGAACAAAACUAAGUGAUGUUUUGAGCACACCGCUCAACUCAAGGAUCAAAAUCAUUCCCAUAAAACGUGAAUAUGACUCAGAUAAUAAAUCUUAAUGUAAGUAAUGAAAAUGUUCUUCAUGUAGUGGGUGUGAAUGCAUCCAUAAUCCU